AACACUGCUACUGCCUUGCUGUAAGAAUGAUCAUAUAAGGGUAGGGUCAAGACAACGAUAUACAUAACAGCAAGCAAGUAUGCCCAGCAACUCUCCUUACUUGCCCAUCCUCUGGGCCUGUAUCUCUUCCUGGUAUUAUGGAUUUCAUCUUUCCGAACUCAAUUUCCCGGCCCUCUCUUUAACGUGUACCUCGCCAUCCAGCUCCUCACUCAUUCCCCAAUGCCUGUACCUUUCAGAAUCACUAUACGCUUUCACAACCGCCAUAUUUACAGUUGGCGGUCUUUUAGGCAGUCUAUCAAAUCCUUGGAUCGUGUCCAAGUAUGGAUUGAAAGGAGGUAUAUCUUUGACAGGAUGGAUCAAUCUCUUCGGCGCCACCGCAAUGACUUUAGCUCCGCAUUGGAUCAUUCUGGCUGCAGGACGGUUCGUUACUGGUGUGUCCUCAGGUCUCGCCAUUUCCCUUGUUCCUCCUUAUCUUUCGAUUAUUGCCAAAUCGUCGAAAGAACUAGUCCACAGGUCCGGGCAAAUCGGGACAAUGAACCAAAUGGCUAUCGUUUUGGGCAUCUGUUCCGCUCAGGCCGCAGGAUUGCUACUAACGGGUGAGAAAGGAGAUGUUCCUGGUAGCUGGCGAUACGUUGUUUCCAUCUCAGGCUUUAUAUCGGUGCUUCAAAUCCUCGCUUCUCAAACGAUCUCAGUGUCUAGCGAAGAGCAUAGCAGACCUACCCAGUCUUCAGCCUUCGAUCCAGAAUCUGAGUCACGUCCUCAAUUACAUGAUGAGGCAGCAUCUCCUCUUCUUCCGUCUUCACAACAAACAGUCCAACUCAAUUUGCGUCAGAUCCUUUCCAAUCCCUCUCUCCGAGGACCAUCCCUUUUGUGUGCAGCUAUAAUGGCUCUCCAGCAGCUUUCUGGGGUUAACGCCGUUAUGUUUUACUCGACUCCUGUUUUAAGACCACUUCUACCUACGUCGGUAGGACUUGUAGGUAUCGGGAUUACAAUCGUAAACGCAAUCAUGACGGUGCCUGCCAUGUUAUUGAUGGACUACCUAGGACGUAAGGUUCUCAUUCUCGCCUCCAUCAUCGGCAUGGCAGCUACCAGCAUACUUCUCGCCAUUGGCCUUAAUGGCCACCAUCAAAUAAUGAGUGCCAUCUCUAUUAUAGCUUUCGUUGCCUCGUUCUCCAUUGGCUUAGGACCAGUUCCCUUCUUACUGAUUUCCGAGCUAGUGCCUCCUCCUGCCGUGGCGGCCCUUUCUAGCUUGGCUGUCUCCACCAAUUGGGUGACCAACUUCUUCGUGGCUCUUUUCUUCCUACCUCUGCGAGACCUCCUAUCUUCCCCACCCGACCCACGGAGUCCGGAGUCCGGGAGGGAAGGAGAAGGGAGGGUGUUUUACAUGUUCACUGCCGUGUUAUUGAUGGGUGGUAUAAUGAUUGGGAGAGGCUUAAGGACAAAUUGAUAUGUUUUAUGACCCGGAGGAUCUGUCAUAUCAUGAUUGUGGCAUGUAGAUAUGCAUACAACAUCCAUUCU